GCAACGCUGAAAGAAAAUUACAACAAGUUUGACGGAUAUCCACAUCCACUUGUGAAAAGUGACGUUUUGAGAGAUUGAAAAAUGGCCAGGAAGAAGGAAGAUAAGGAUGGAAAAUAUAAGCGAAUAACGAAUAAGUCAAAAAAAUCUUCUCGCGAUAUUAAGGACGUCGAUUCUGAUGUUAUAAAAUCCCAAUUAUUAACUCUGGGAUUAACCUUGAGGGAGGUACCUGGUGACGGGAACUGUCUAUUUCGUGCGUUAGGCGAUCAAUUAGAUGGUCAUAUGGGCAACCACUACAGACACAGGCAAGACACAACAACCUACAUGCUAGAUCACAGAGAAGAUUUCCAGCCUUUUGUAGAAGAUGAUCUUCCUUUCGAAAAGCACAUCAGUGAACUGAGUCAGUCAGGUACAUAUGCAGGGAAUGAUGCAAUUGUUGCAUUUGCAAGACUUCACCAGGUGACAAUUGUGAUUCAUCAACCAAACACCCCCCUUUGGCAAAUUAAAGGUUGGGAAACAUGUGAAACCCUUCAAACCACAGAAAAAAACAAAAAAAGGAAAAAUUAUAAUAAUGUUCUAUCAUCCCAUCAACUUCAUAUUGCGUACCAUGGAGGGGAUCACUAUGACAGUGUCAGGCGAUUGGGAGACACCAGCCAUAUCCCUGCAAAUAUUCAAAUCAACGUUGAGAGUGAGGUGCAUGAGGGAACAAACCAGAGCCCAAACACAACCGAUCGUGUGCGGGAUUACGCUUCCUGUAACAUUCACGAAAUUGAUCAUACGGAGGAAGCAGCAAACGAAAUUGAACGAGAAGCUAUAAUUCGUUCAGGAUGCCAGGAUCUCACGAUUGUUCGCCAGUUACUUUAUAAUAACUUUGGAAACAUUGAUGCCACCGUCGAAGAUCUGUUGGCUUUGACAUUAACCCCCGUAGAAAGCCAAGAAGCUAAAUUCGAGCAUCUGUCUUCUGGUGGACGUACGAAAACCGGCUUCAGUCGAAAGCAGCUAGAGAGGAUUCGUAAACAAGAGCGAAAACGUGCUGGUGAUGCCAGAAGAAAACCGCCUAAUGCUACCAAAGAAACGCUAGAAGAAGCCACCAUAAUUGGCAAAGUUCAGUGCCUAAACAUAUAAACCUUUUUUCUUUUCUUUUUUUUUUAAUAUAACGAAUCAACGUCAGUUAAACCGUUCUAAGUGUAGUGCAUCUACGUGAAUUAUUUACUCACUUUGCUAAAUUUCAUUUAUGAUUGCGAUCUUAAUUUGCGAGACAUCGCCAGCUUUCACAGCCCAUAAUUGCUUGCAGCAGAGCAGCUAUAUUGCCGAUGAGACCAUAUCGAUGCUAAUUAACGUUGAUUUCGUGAAAAGCAUUCGUUCUCUUGUCAAACCAGCCAUUUUUUUUUAUGAACGAAAGAAAAGUGUGUGUAGCGCAACAAAUUUGUUGAUCUGUUUUCUAUGUUUAUUUGAGAAACUAUAAGCCUAACGUAAAAACAAACCUGAUUUUCGUGGUUUUUGUUCAGUUUUGAAUUUAAAUAGUGUAUUUUACGGGAAAUGUAGAAUUUAGCCAAAAAUGAAAAAGUGGCAAGGCCAAAUACCCUUCCCAUUUUUGUCAAAAUCAGCAAAAAUAUAUAUGACGUGGUAAUCAAUGAAAACCACACAUUAAUAUAUAAAUUUUACGCUGAUUUCAAGAAUCAAAUUUGUUUUCUUGUCAUAUGAACCGUUUUAAAAUAAACGGAAGACAAGUGCCUGUAGCGCAACAAAUUUGUUGGUCCGUUUUUUUUUUGUUUAUUUCAGAAACUAUUAGUUGUUCGAUUGUUCGUUGUUAGUCCAAUAAACAUUUAUUUUUGUAAUUAUCCAAUAAACUUGAUUUCCGUGAUUAGCAUUCAAUUCUGAAUUGAAAUAAUGUAUUUUAAGCAAAAGUUGAAAUUUGGCUAAAAAUGGAAAAGUGGGAAGGGUGUAUGUCUGGUGAUGUAUGAAGGUGAAUGUCUCAGUAAUAAUAAAUUUGUUUUUGUUUUCUAAA